AUGGAUCUGUCGCUUUUCCAGCAGGCCAGCAAUGGCCACCACGGCCGUUCCGUAGCUGGCGGACGUGGCAAUGCCUUGACCCCCAGCUCCGUGUCCAACACCUCCAUCGCGUCGCCCGGAUCCGUGUCCGGGAGCCUUCGUCUGCCGGUCAUCGGCGGCGGCGGCCCCGGAGGCCUGGGUGGGCUCGACUAUCGCGGCAUUGUCUCUCAUGAUCAGGAUGCCGACUUGACAUUGCCCGAGACUCAUGCGAGUGGGCCCCCAAAGAAGAAGCAGAAGCGAAACAAACCCACGCUGUCGUGCCACGAGUGUGUUGAACGAAAGACAAAGUGCGAUCGAGGUCGACCACAUUGUCUUGCAUGCAUCAAGCGGCAGACUGAAUGCAUAUAUGCACACGUUGCCAAUGUAAUCGAGGAGACGUCGAGAUCGGCUGCCAAUGGGCGCCGCAUGACCAAGCCUCCAAAGAAAAAGCCUGGGUCUUUUGGAAAGCUCCCCGUCCCCAACAUCGCGGACAGGAAUGCCAACAGUAGUGACGACACUCCGUCCAGAGGCGCCAUAGCUCUCUCCAUUGGCUUGCUAUCAAAUGUCCCAUAUUCCGUGGCCACUGCAAGAGGUCUUCCCGAAGUCAUAUCUGUGCUUCCCGAGAAGCUCCAGGCUGAUAUCCUGCUUUCUCGGUACUUCGAAUGCGUCGACCCGGUGUAUCCCAUGAUUCAUCGUCAGACAUUCUAUGCUGACUAUGAGCACUUCUGGCAGAUGAGCAUCCCAGAGAAGAAUCAGGUUGAUGCUGCCUUUAUUGCUCAAAUCUUUGUCAUGCUGGCUUUGGGCACUCAGUUUGUCACGUCAACGACGGCGCAGGAGAGGAAGCAGACGGCCGAGUUUUAUGCUUCAGCUAGCAACCAAGCUCUCCGGAUGUUCUCGUAUCUUAGCACAGCAUCAAUCCGGUCCAUUCAGGCCAUGGUCCUGAUGACUUAUUUUCUCAUCAACGACAACCACGCUUCGGACGGCUGGGCAUUUGCUGGAAUCUUGAUACGGCAAGCCUACGCCAUGGGCUUGCAUCGUGACCCCAACAUAGUUACACCAGAUGCUAGUCCAUUUGAGAAGCAGCAGAGACGCAAAGUCUGGCAAGCGGUCUUGCUGCAGGACACGUUCCUCACGGUACUCUUGUCCCUGCCGCCAUCUGCAACGCACACCGACGUGUCAGUCGAUGACUUGCUCGAUCAUGGGUCCUCCAUUGCCAGCAGCGAUCCAACAGACAACGCCUACAUCCGGGGCUCUUGGACACUUGCGAAUCUUGUUCAGGAAACGAUAUGCUCUCCGCGGUCCCUCGACGUGCCCAUUUGUGCAACGGCGCGGCACAAGUCAAAGCUGAUUGCCGAUUUCCGAGCGGUGUAUCGGUCCUUUCCGGACGUUUUCCGCUCGUGGGACACUGAGAGCCUGACGGCGUUGGCCGGGACAAACAAGAGAGUCGUGCGCCAAACGCUAUUCCUCACGAGCAACUACUUUCACAACCUCAUGUUGGUUCACGCGUCGGAAAGCCCGGACGUUCCGGUCAAUGUGCGGGGCACGCUGGAGGCUGCUCACGAUGCCAUCGGGGCCUUCUUCUUGCUGUUCAACUUGCUGGAAAGCGAGGCUCGCGUCUGGUGGGUCUUUAACCAUAGGGCUUUUCUUGAGGCUCUGUGUAUCGGUAACGUCUUGAGAGAAACGGCCAAGGAGUCCCUGGGCAAGGAGCUGCUGGCGAAAGACCCAUUGUUUGUUCGAGCCAAGGCAGACAUCACUCGAAUGAUUCAGAUCAUGCAGCAGAUGGCCGAGGAUUCCGAGGUUGCCCGAACUAGGGUCCAGGUGUUGAGCGAGUUUCUACUCUAA